AUGGCAUCCGGUGCCGACGCUCUCCUCGCCCUUACGGGUAGACGCACCACAGGUCAAAGUAUUCGGACUCAGAAUGUGACUGCUGCUGUGGCAAUCGCAAAUAUUGUGAAGUCCUCCCUUGGUCCUGUUGGGCUCGACAAGAUGCUUGUUGAUGAUGUUGGAGAUGUCAUUGUAACUAAUGAUGGUGCUACUAUUCUGAAGCAACUUGAAGUAGAGCAUCCGGCUGGGAAAGUCCUCGUCGAGUUAGCGCAGCUUCAGGAUGAUGAGGUUGGUGAUGGUACCACCUCAGUAGUCAUCGUUGCCGCUGAACUGCUAAAAGCUGCCGAUGAGCUUGUCAAAAACAAGCUUCACCCCACUACCGUCAUCAACGGUUAUAGGCUCGCUUGUAAGGAGGCUGUCAAAUACAUGCAGAUAACUUAUCCAAUUGCUGCCGUAAAUGUCUUGAAAGCGCAUGGAAAGAGUGCUCGCGAAUCAAUGCUCAUCAAGGGAUACGCUCUGAAUUGCACAGUGGCUAGCCAAGCGAUGCCACUCUCAGUUCCAAACGCAAAGAUUGCUUGCCUUGACUUCUCUCUACAAAAAGCGAAAAUGCAUCUUGGAAUCUCUGUCAUUCGUUGA